CUCUCUUCCGCUACUGUUCUUUUCUUAUACUCGAGUCACUUAAUCCCACAGCAACACGACUCUUCAUGUAAGAGUUGUGUUGUUGGUCCAAGUCAGUGACAGGUCAGCAGGUCAGUUCAUCACUGUUCGGGAAUCGUACUCUCCUUACACUCAAACCCCGCGUUCCUGCUUCACUUCAAUAUGUACGGGUCGAAUCCUCACUCUAACUCUUCUAACCAACAAAAUUCGGGUCCCCCAGUACCAGAAUGGCGGCUUCCAUCGACUGCGCAACAGCGGCCGUCGCGGAAGCCUACGCCUGGGCCUACUCCGCCCCCUCCACCACCGCCAUCUCAUCCUCCACUAUCGGCGUCUUCUUAUAAUCCGAGCACAUAUGGCUCUAUAUCUAGUCCGUCGCCUGGCACUGGUGCAAGUGGCUCGCCAGCCCCUGGCUCAGCCAGCAUGGAUACCAGUUCUUGGGGAGUAAAGUACAACAGGCAGCAAUAUCCUAUCUAUGCGCCUCCGCCGCUUCCUCCUCGACCCCCAAGUACUCCAGCCUAUUCGUCUAGUGCACAGUCUCCGAUCGUGAGUCCUUUGGAUAAUAAGCCCUUACCAGCCAAUCCAACAUAUGGACCCCCAACUUCUACUGCAGAAUAUCAACCACAAUGGACGACAAAUUCUCCGCAUGCAUCUCAGCCCCCUGUGGUUAGCCCUCUUUCUCCACCUCCGCCGCCUCCGGUACCUCCUGGAUAUCAAAGCUCAACACCACAGCAAGGUAAUCAAACGUGGCAGCAGUUGUCGCCUCCGCCAUAUUCAAUCCAUCCUCCUGGAGAGAUUCAUAGUUUACAGAACAGUAGCGCCCAACACCAUAUUCCACUCUCAUCUUCAAACGUCUCAUCGCCCCAACCAACAUUAUCAGGUCAAGGCCCACUGACCGCUGCAAAUCCCGUACCAGGUGGAGGUGCUCUACCUGUGGCCGCUCCCCCGGUUCCUCCCAAGACUAGCCACAAUGCUCUUCCCACAAACUCCUCUUUAUUGGGCUCUGGCGGACCGUCUGACUGGGAGCAUUUGACACCUACUCCAGGGGGCGUCGAUGAUGUGGAGGCUUUUGGGGCCAAACAGGGCAACGCCGCUCAUUCAAGUACUACAUCGGAGCCAACACCAGGAUAUCCAGCACAUAUUCCCACUGUAACUUCGAACAGCCAGACCGUGAUAUCUACGCCGUCUGCGAAUGUGUCCCCUAUAAGUCAACCUGUUUAUACCCAAGAUACUACAGCAGCACAGCCUUUACCAGGCAAUCCCAGCGCAACACAUGGCAUUCAAGAUCCACCUCGCCCAAUCAGAACUGAUACUUCUGGGUCGAUGUAUAGUACUGCCUCUACUACUGAGACAUCUGAGAGCAUUGAUGGUGUCAUUGAAGCUUGGAAUCGGCCCGUUAUCACGGACACUCAACCCCCAAACUCCCAAGCUGGUCAAAGUAUCAGUUCCCGAACGGAUAGCCCAACGCCAAUGCAAAAGCUCAGCCCGCUUGAAAUCCCCAAAAUAAAGCAGGAUUUCAGUAUACCGCGAAAAGAGGUUCAAUCGGGUGCAAAUACUCCCCGCUCAAGCAAUACCCCCAACGAAACGAGUGCCAAGGUAGACGUAUUGUCUCCACAGCUCAAGCCGUUGGAUCCUUAUGAAGACUUAGACCCUUGGUCUAAGUCCUCCUUGGAGCGUUACGUGGCUAUGCUACGAAAGGAGGCGGUCGCUGAUUCUGAUAUGGAGCGUUUCAAAAUAUUCACAGCCUUUAUGUCCAAGGAGACCAAGCUACGUGAGAUCUUGUACAACAUUGAGCAUGAACCGAAAAAUGAAGAAGCUCUAAGUCAAAAACCGACACCGGCUUCGCAGGUGCCCAGCCGGCAGUCUGGUAAGAAUACACCUCCAAUCGAGUCAGGCUUAAUACCAGUUGAACCAGAGGAGAGCAACGAGGAGUCAGCGGACGUUUCGGAAGACCUUGAAGACGGGAAUUAUAGCCCGGGCGGCCGUCCUAUCCUUCCCAGGGUUGAAACGCCUAGUACUCUUGGUCUUCAAAGGCCUGCUUCUCAGCCGCCAGGCAAAGGACAUAACUUAGGGCAUCAAAGUCAACCCCAACCAUUGAGGGCUACGUCAGUACCACCAUCUAUGCUCGACAAGCAGGAGCUGUCUCCUUUAACAACCAACCCCCCACAGCCUAUAUACACUCCGUUUCGUUACACCGAAGGCCCUCAGCGGGGCUCAGAUCACCUUGUAAUUGACCGUCCUGCAUACCAGGCCUACUCGGCCUUGCGACAAGCCUCAGCGGAGAGUGGACGGGUGAUGUCGAACGCCCCGCACCCAGGAUCUCACGAAGAUUCCCACUCUUCGGCUCCUCUUGCCGAUAACGACGACGAAACUUUCAUUGGGCUAAUUAGGGAGAAAAGCGUUGCUUACCGCAAGGCAUCCCGUAGGAAGUCGUCUCCACCUCCUUUACCGAUGUCACUCAGGAAAGGAAGGCCUGAUGGCCCAGUUGAUGAUCUCCGCUCUAUGAUAUCAUCACCCCUGGCUAAGCAAUCAGAAAGUUCAUGGCACAUUACAACUCGAAAGGACCUAGAGAAGUAUUCAAAAGACUUUGGUUAUAUACAGGAGACGGUUAGAUCCUGGGAGGCUGCGAGCAAAUCUCGCAGAGAAAAACUAGACAGGCAGCGUAUGCAUCGUCAAGAGGAAUCCGAGAAACGCAUUGAUGCGUUAUUCAAUGGAAGAGAGAUAGGAUAUGCAGAUAUCAAUGUCCUGGAGGAAGAAUUCCGCCAAACAGAAGCUCGUGCUCAAUUAGACGAGGAAAGACAAGAACUGGAUGACUAUAUUGCAAAGGUGUUCAAUCCGCUGGAUGAACGCUUGCAAAAAGAUAUUUCUGCACUCCAGGCCCAGUAUGACUCGGCGCUUGGUCAGCUUGAUCAUGAGAACAAUAAGAUCAAGAACUCGGUGACAGAUAAAUACAAUUUGUCUCAUACGAUGAAAACAGUCAAUGAGAUCUACCAAAAGCUUGAGGCUCGCUAUCAGAAACGUCUAGAAAUAGCUCUAGAUCGUGAACAUCGGCGAAAGAAAACCGAAAGGCGACCUCUGGUCUUCAUGGGAGACUCAGUAGCCCUCAAGCAACUGGAUCGGGAGUUUGAUGAGAUGGAGAAGCGAAAUGUUUUAGAAGCGGCGAAGGACCGGGAUGAGAGAGCGAACAGGUUGAUGGAUUCAUUCGACGAUGCCAUCAUGCACGGUUUGGGAGAGAACCAGAGUCUUCUCGACGAUGUUUCUGCGAAAUUGUCAAAGGUUGAUGUCGCAACCAUUCGUUCAUCCAGCUUACCCGACACUGAGAUCGAGCAUAUGUUGAGAUCGGUCUAUAACCUAGUAGAUUCUCUACGUCAGGACUCCGAAUCGAUUUUGCACAGUUUCGGUAUCGCAGAUUCAGCUCUCAAUGAUGCCGAUUACGGCGUUUCUGUUGCUGAAGCACGUUAUUCCAACGCGGAUGACGAUGUAUUCGGACGACUCGAGGACGACAAAAAGAAAGAGGAUGCCAAAAUCCAGACAGAUCUUAAAUCCAAAUUGGACAGUGUUCGCGCCGGACCAGCCGAGAUUGCCGCCACCAUCAACAACCUCCUUAAAUCUUUAGGCAAAGCUCCAAUCACCAAGCGGAACCAUUCAUCAAAAUCUGUCCCUGCAGGCCACCCUAUUGACGUUCUCUUCCCUGGUCCUCGCCCUACGGCUAGUGCUGGUCUCAAAAAACCUGAUGAAGGUCUGGAACAUCAGGAGCGGCUUCGCAAGGCGCUAGAGAAUGCAAAGAGGAGAAAUGCCGCAAGAAAUACUCCACAACCACCGAGUUAGGUAUUUUUAGACUGUUGCGUCUUAUAGUAAAUAUAUUAAUGCUCACGAUGUAACUAAUAUUUCCCCUUCUACUUCUUUUCUUACAUGGCGAAUUCCAAAUUGCACGCGAAGAUCUUAUGUCGUGCGCAGUAUUCUUUGUUGAUACCAACCAAUACAGAGAACGCUUCGGUUUAUUAGCCAAAAUGCACCAUAACAUACAGAAUUGGACUUCUCUUUAUUGGAUUGCUUUUCCAGACAAGAGUUUAUAGAAUGGUGGCUAGUCAUGGGACGGAAGACACUGGUGGUGGCUUAGACCACCCAUCUCCCUUACGGCUUCUGAGUUCAGCGGAGGAAAUUUGGAAUAUAAGAUACCCUACCCCCCUCAUUUAAUGUUAAGAAGAAAAGAGCAAAAUAAGA